UUUUUUCGCAGAAUGCAGGAGCCUCUACUAUUACCAAGCACUCAUCGCACCGGAAUGGCCUUCAUUGCUCGGUGAGAAUGGAAUCACCGGCUUCUUCUUCUUCUCCUUCCUGUUCAGGUUCUUCGCCUCGCACAAAUGGAUUCCUUCCCAGAAAAGGGGAACUCUCGUCGCACCACUUGGAAUUUCUGAAUCAGAAAUUGGCGACCCGUGAAGAUCUACUCUCCAGGGCUCCGAUUCUCUCGUCCGAAUUAGAGGCCAAAUGCUCCGAGCUCGACGCCGAUUUCCUCCAACUGCAGCGCCAACUCACGAAGCUCUCCGUUUCAUGGAUUUCUCGCUCCUUCGCGGCCAAAUCGUCCGUCCGCAACCUCAAUUUGGCGUUGGAGAAUCUCAGCCUCGUCACAUCUCAAUGUGGGAUUGGUUCGAGGACGAUUCAGAGGGUGGUGAGGGAGGAGUUGCCUCAACUUGCCAAGCAGGUCCUGCUGAUCCAAACUAUUCGAGAAUACGCUGAUACUGCUCUGCGGUUAGAAGCUCUGGUUGGAGACCUUGAGGAUGUCGUGUUCUCUAGCAGUACUUUCAGUUUGAGGAAUAUGGUGUCAGUAAAGCUUCUCACCUCUCAAAUUUCAGUGGAUUUUGGGCCCAAGCAAGAGUUGUUAACUCAAGCCAUAAAGUUGAUGAAUGACAUUGAGGAGGUCCUGGUUGAAAUAGUGAAAUCUCGUUCUCAGUGGUGCCAUCUUUUGGAUUCUGUCGAUGCUAGGGUUGAGAGAACUUUGGCUGUAGUUCGGCCACAAGUUCUAGCUGAUCACCGUGCCCUUCUUUCCUCUUUUGGCUGGCCACCUAAGCUGGCAACGUCAAAAGCAGAUGGGACUGGAGGACAAGAUCCUUUACCCAACCCACUAGUUUUAAUGGGUGGAGACAAACGAGAGCUCUACUCAAAAAGCUUUCUGGCUCUUUGCGCAUUGCAGCAUAUGCAAACUCGAAGAGAAAAUCGUCAACGUAAGAACACUGAACAGGAGGAGCACGGGGUUGGCCUUUGGGCCAUUGAUGAACUGGUUUCGCCCAUUGCAUCGCGAAUGGAAUACCACUUCUCUAAAUGGGCUGAUCAGCCAGAGCUAAUGUUUGCUCUCGUGCACAAGACUACCAGUGCAUUUAUAGUGGGAGUGGAUGACAUUUUACAGCCUUUGAUUGAUAAAGCAAGGCUGGUUAGCUACAGUGCAAAAGAAGCUUGGGUUUCUGCAAUGGUCCAGCUGAUUUCUGGGUUUCUCGCUAGAAAAGUCUUCCCGGUUCUUGUUGCAAAAUACAAGGAGAAAGAUUUAAAAUCAGAAGCUACAUCUUCAUGGCUCCACUUCAUAGACUGCAUGGUUGGUUUUGAUAAACAGAUGCGAUCACUAGUCAAUUCAGAUUCAUGUUUCUUCCUGGAAGAGUCUGAAAGGUUUGAAGGGCUGUCUAGAAGUCUGUCAGUACUAGAGGUUUUUUGUGAAAACCCAGAUUGGCUGAAGCAUUGGGCUAAAAUAGAGCUCAAAGAUGCCUGGAACAAACUGAAACCUGAGCUUAGAGAUGAGAGAGCUUGGUCAAUUAGUAGGAACCCUAGAGAUGAUAUUCGGAUUGGUACAGAAUCUGAACAUUUUCUGCUGUCCACAAGUCAAGAACACAAAGCACCACCAUUAGCAGAAUCUUCUCUGAAAAUCAUCUGGGAAUUGAUUGAGAAGAGUCGACAUUUUCCUGCUGUUUUGCCACGUGUCCAAUUCGUGAGAUUGACUGCUUGUAGAUUCAUUUGGUACUUUCUUAAUGUAUUGGUUUACCGCUGUAAGAACACUGAGUUUUCUCCUGACUACAUAGCUGAUGCCUUAAUCAGAGUAUGUGGGUCAAUCAAUGCAGCCAGAUAUCUUGAGUCCAAAUUGAAAGAAAGGAGUGAUGACAUUGAUUUCCUUGAGAUGAGAAUAGCUGAAAGGGGUCCUGAUUUUGAUGUUAAGGAUGAGAAGUGCUUCUUCUGUGAAGAGAUCAGAAGUUUGGCAGAUCUGCAGACUAAUUGGCUAAUGGAGAUAGCUUCUGUUCUUCUACAUCAUUUUGAGACAUCUUCAUGGGAUUACACGCAGAACAAAAGACAGUUUGAACAAAGGCAAGAUGACCUGGGUUUAGCAGUGGUUUCUGACGACCUUGUGCAAGGGCUGGACGCUUUGAGAGGCCAACUUCAAGUCCUCAACACAAGUCUGAAUGCAAAGGACUUUUUCGACUUGUGGAGAAGUGUUGCUGAUGGGCUAGACCAUUACAUCUAUUCCAGCAUUUUCUCGAGUAGUUUCCAGUUCUCAGGCGAGGGAAUCCAUCAGUUUGAAGCUGAUAUGAAAGCCUUGUUUCUUGUUUUCCGGCCUUUUUGUGUGCGGCCUGAAGCAUUUUUCCCAUUUCUGGUAGACACUCUUAAGCUGUUGAUGAUGAGUAAGGAGGAGACAAACCAACUGCGUUUGGUUUUAGCUAGAGAUGAGAGCAGAAAGAAAAGCUUGCAGUUUUGUAGUAUUUCACACUUAACGCACGACCAAGCGGUCAAAGUUUUGAGGUUGAGGAAAUGGUUGGAUACUUCAUGUUGACACGUUUACAGUUCUGUAUCCCGAAAAUCAGUUUCUUAAUGAUAGUUUUGACGUUACAAUGCGCCAGCCAGUU